AUGUUCGGUGACCCGAAUGGACUACUCGAUGACGCCAAUGAGGCAAAGAGGAGGAGGAUCGCAAGGGCUUGCGACAUGUGCAGGAAGAAGAAGAUCAAGUGCGACGGCAAGCUACCGGCUUGCACGCACUGCAUCAAUUAUAAGACAGAAUGCGUCUUCACGCAGGUCGAGAAGAAGAGAAAUCCACCAAAGGGCGCAAAGUAUAUUGAGGGUCUUGAGAAUAGAUUGGGUCGUAUGGAGAGUCUUCUAAGGCUAUCUGGUCUCCUUGGUGAGGACGAUGGCGCCACAGAUCUGGGUACCCUGGAGAAGAAGCUUGCGGAGAAGAACCAGCAGUCAAGGCAAGCCUCACAGGCUAUACAGUCAACCCCAACGUCUCCCUCGCAGGCAACGUCUGGCCAUGACGGCAACGCCUCAACACCACAGAGCUCUCUCACCUCUCCAGAGCCUAGUAAAGACAAGGAAGAUAAGGAUAAGAGAAAGUCACUUACCCCAGACAAGAGAGACGAAGAAGAGGUCGAGGCACUGUCAGAAAUGAUGUGCUCAUUGGUGACCAGUAAUUCUGGCGAAACUCGGUAUAUCGGCUCUUCCUCUGGAUUUUCUAUCUUCUCGCCCAAGGGCAUCCAAUGGGUCAAUGAGAAGACCGGUGAUAAUUCUUUCCAGCAGAUGAUCUCCCACGUUUCCAUUGAUGACCAUAAAUGGAAUAAUUGGAAGCCUGAGGUCUUCGCCGAUCUCUUCAGACGGCCGAUCUUCAUACAGUUGCCGUCUGAGCAGGAAGCGAUGUCUUUACUAAAGGAUUACUUCGACAACUUCAAUUGUAUGUUUCCGCUUUUCCACCAGCCUACCUUUAUGCAUCUUGCGGAGAGACAGUACUCCAAUGAUCCCUACGAGGGCUCUGGGUGGUGGGCUAGCUUGAAUGUUGCCUUCGCUCUCGCGCACCGUCUUCGUGUGAUGAGCAACCUGGUGCCACAAGAGGAGGACGACAAAGCCUGGGCUUAUAUGAAGAAUGCGAUGGGCGUUUAUUCCGAACUGAGCAUGCGCAAUACCGACCUGUUGAGCGUUCAGGCAUUGCUAGGAAUGGCACUGUUCAUGCAGGGUACCCCGAAUCCUCAGCCUUCAUCGCUUCUCAUUGCGACAGCCAUUCGCUUGUCCCACAGCAUUGGUCUGCACAAGCGAGGUACCGGAUUCAAUCUCAACCCCAUCGAAAUUGAGCAGCGAAAGCGAGUGUUCUGGAUUGCAUACAUGUUGGACAAAGAUCUAUGUCUUCGUUCCGGGCGUCCUUUUGCACAGGAUGACGACGAUAUGAACGUGGAACUACCUGACGCAGACCCCGAGGACAACAUUGGCAACAUCCCUCUAGCAGAGGGGAAGGGCAAGAUGAAUCUUUUCCGAGUUAUGUGCGAGCUCUCCAUCAUUGAGAGCCGGGUGUACAAGAGAUUGUACUCUACCAGGGCCACGAAACAGUCAGACGGAGAACUCCUCCAAACGAUUGGCGAGCUGGAUCAAGAGCUCGAAGACUGGAAAGACCGGAUACCGAUCGAUUUCCGCCCCGAGAAUGAAAUCAAGGCGUCUCAUACACCUUUGAUUCUUCACGUUGUCAUGCUUCACUUCACUUACUACAACUGUUUGACUACGAUACACCGCAUGUCGAUCCACCAUGGGUACUGGACGAGCCGUCUAUCCAAUUUUGCCAUCCAGGGCUUGAAUGCGAAGCCUUUAAACCCUCGCGUUUUUAAUUCGGCAGCUCUAUGCACAUCAGCAGCCAGAGCGUCGAUUUCUCUUCUCAAGUAUAUCCCGCAAGGAGAUAACAACUGCGUCUGGAUGAUCCUGUAUUUCCCUGUAUCCGCUCUUGUAACACUAUUUGGCAAUAUCUUGCAGAAUCCUUUGGAUCCUCGUGCUAGGUCUGAUACGAGACUAAUGGACUUGGUCGUCACUUUCCUGUCUAUGUUGGGCCAGGAAGCCGAGACUGGCGGCGUACACCGCAUGCUGGGCGUAUGCUCAGAAUUUGAAAGAAUUGCUAAGGUCGUCAUUGAGAAAGCAGAGAAAGACAAUGCUGGACGAAGAAAAAAGAGGAAUCACGAUCCCAGCCAGGCAUCAAAGGAUAAGGACUGCGACUACCAGUACGCCGACGCCGCAUCAGUCGAGCAAGAACGGAACUCUUUCACCGCCAUCAAGACCUGA